UGUAACAUAACACAAGUGCCAGCAGUGACCCGUUUCUUCCUUCCACACACAGCCCAGCAGCCGCUACCUGCUCGGGAGGGCGGCCGCUGUCUAUUCUAAGAGAUCGCCCUGCCCGGGUACGCACGGUGCGAACAGCAGCACAAUGAUAUGCGGUACAUGUGAGGAGAGGGACCCGCAGUGGGCAUCGCGCACCUGAGGCACCGGGCGAGGGGGAAUAUUACAGGGCACCUAGCCAGGCACCACAGAGAGGAGAGGGCAGGCUCCAGUCCCUGUGCAGUCACCAGCUGGAGACACUUCACUGUACUGCGCUUCCUUCAUGCAGUAACUUUCUUUCUGUCACUUUCUGAGUACAGGCGGCCACGUCCGCAGCUCUCCCUGCACUCUUGGCUGGGCGCUGCUGCCCCCGGGGUUCCUGCUGCUCUCAUUACUUGUACUGCUCAGAAUAACAUACUUCUCCUGAUUUACCAAAGUCGGAUCCUGCUCCGCUAGCUGUAUCCCUGACUGCUGCUGAGGGCUGACCAUUCCCGGGUCUCUGCUGCCGUCCUUGCUCCCCGGAGUGCAUGGAAGAGACGGAGGACCUGUCCCGGCUCCGCGCCCUCUUUCUGUCCUUUGACGCCAAGCGCUCCGGGCGUCUGGGACGCGGGGACUUCUCCACCCUGUGCGCGGAGCUCCGGGUCAGCCCGUCCGAGGUGGAGAAGAUUUUCCGGCGCCUGGACACGGACCGGGACGGCUCCAUCACCUUUGAGGAUUUUGUCAUGGGUUUCCGAGGAGCUCGGGGUGUUCAGCUGCCAGCAGGAAAAGGCGACCCUUCCGCCAUGGGGGCACAGAGAUCCCCCCGAGUCUCUGAGAGUGAGGAGCCAGAGGAGGAGCAUUCAAGCCCGGCCUGGAAGGACUUUCAGCUCCGCUUGGGAGACGAGACCAACUAUAUUCCAAGGAAAGAACAAGCCAGCAUACUUUACCAGAACAUCACCAUAGUGGAACCACUAUUAAUCCAACAAUAUGAACAUGUUAUCAGAAACUUUGUCCGGGAGAUCAGACUUCAGAGCACAGAAAUGGAAAAUCUGGCUAUUGCAGUGAAAAGAGCACAGGACAAAGCAGCAAUGCAGUUAAGUGAGCUGGAAGAGGAGAUGGAUCAUCGGAUACAGGCUGUGGAGAAAAGAAUAAAGAAAGAGGAGAAGAGAAAGGCAGAGGAAGCUCUCAAUGAUUUGAAGCGUCAACAUGAAUCUGAAGUUGCUGAACUACAGGUUGCAAUAAAAAAGCUAAAAAAGCUGGAAGAACAAUCAAAGAACAUCAACUUAAAGGAAGAUGUGGCUGCUCUAAGAAAACGAUUACAUGAAUUAACAAUGGAAAAUCAGAAACUUAAAAAAGACCUCCUAGAAGCUCAAACCAGCAUCUCCUUCCUUCAGAGUGAACUGGAUGCUCUGAAAAGUGAUUAUGCAGAUCAAAGUAUCAGCUCUGAAAGAGAUAUGGAAAUUAUCAGAGAAUAUACAGACGAACGAGAAAAUUUGGCACAGCAGAUUGAGAUACUUCAAACAGCUAAUAGAAAACUGCAUGACAGUAAUGAUGGACUGCGGAGUGUGCUGGAGAACAGUUUGAUCAAGUAUAACAGAUCACUGCGUGCAAACACUUCACCAGGAAGUACAAUUUCUAGAAACAGUCCGAAACUGAACAGAUGCAAUUCUCCUUAUGAUCGGUCUCCUCGAUCAUCCUUCUUAGACGAGGACUAUGACUCUUUAGCUGUGUGUGAUCCCAUGCAGAGACUGAACUGUGAGGUAGACAGCCUUCCUGAAAGUUGUAUAGACAGUGGUCUAUCUACUUUGAGGGAUUCCAACGAGUAUGAUUCUGAAGUGGAAUACAAGGCACCAAGGAACUUUCAGCGGUCAAGAUUUGCACAUGAGAGUUACGGUGGUGAUGCCUCUGAUACAGAUGUUCCAGAAAUCCGGGAUGAAGAAUCCUACACUGUAGAAUCUGGUGGUUCAUUUCUAGACUGGAAACCAUCACGACCGGUCAGCAGGAGCAGCUCAGGUGCAUCAUCCAGAAAGUGUAUAUCAGCGUUGCCUGCCCAUGUGACAAAUGUAGACACUACUGAUCGGGUAAGCAAGAUUCCUAGCACAGAUAAAGCAUACAAGAUAGUCCUGGCUGGGGAUGCAGCUGUCGGGAAGUCUAGUUUUCUCAUGAGACUUUGUAAAAAUGAGUUUCGAGGCAACACAAGUGCUACUUUGGGAGUGGAUUUUCAGAUGAAGACAUUGGUAGUGGAUGGAGAACCAACGCUAUUACAGCUUUGGGAUACUGCAGGGCAAGAAAGAUUUAGGAGUAUUGCAAAGUCUUAUUUUAGAAGAGCUGACGGAGUUCUACUUCUCUAUGAUGUGACGUGUGAGAAGAGCUUCCUGAAUGUGCGGGAAUGGAUAGACAUGAUUGAGGAUUCGACACAUGACAGUAUACCUAUCAUGAUGGUAGGAAAUAAAGCCGAUCUCCGACAGGUACUGUCAGAUCAAGGUCAUAAAUGUGUACCAACCAGUUAUGGUGAGAAGCUAUCUAUGACAUACAGAGCUUUAUUCUGUGAAACUAGUGCCAAAGAGGGAUCAAAUAUUGUGGAGGCUGUUCUUCAUCUUGCACGGGAAGUGAGAAAGCGGAGUGAUGAUGAGGAUGACAGAGGAUCUGUAACCAAUCUUUCUGGAGCCAUUACCAAAAAGCCAGCACAAAUGAAAAACUGCUGUAACGUCUAACCUUUUCUAAUACAUUCUUUUUGGACAGCAUAAUACAUUGCUAUUUUUCAUAAACUGUGGAAUAAACAUAAUGGGAUUGUACAUAAUAGUUUUGUGUAUUACUGUUGUUCCCCCAUUGCUUUCUCCUGAAAUGUAAAGCUGGCAUCUUUCUCCUGUGUUGUUAUUUAUAUGUAAGUGAGAUUACAUAGGAAUGACUACUGUAUAGCUCAGCCGACCUUUUACUAAAAUGAAUAUGCUGUGCUUCUGUUUAUAUGCUAAAGGUGUUCUCAUGUUUGGAAUGCAUGCAUUCAGUCUGUUUUUACAUUUAUUUACAAAUGUAAUUUAUUGCACCUUCUCUCAGUUUUCUACAAUCGACCAUGGACUCUUAAGCAUUAUGUGAAUGUCUCUUUAUUGUCCUAAAUUACGCUAUU